AGAAGAAGAAGAAGGAGAAAAAGAAGGCAAAGAAAAAGGUAAGGAUGUGGAUGAAAGACCUGCUUACAUGGAUGACUUUGAUGAUGAUUUUGGUCAGUACAUGAAGGGUGAGCAUGAUGUAGAUCUUUUCCCUGAAGAAGAAGUUUUUACUCCAGUAGAUCCUAGCAAAAUGGAGGUAAAAACUAGAUUUGCAAAUAAGGAAGCAUUUAAGAAACAUCUCAGGGGUUAUUGUGUUCUUAAUAAGUGUCAAUAUAUUUUGGAUAGAAGUGCUCCCUCUAGAAUUAAGGCUGAGUGUAGGUUUAAAACAGAACAUGAUUGUCCUUGGUUUGUGUAUGCUAGCAAGAAAGAGGGUGAGAAGACUUUUGUUCUUAGGAAAGUGAAUUUGGAACAUAAGUGUGAAGGGGAUCCCCAAAAUAGGAAUAGAUCUGUUGAUCCUCAUUUUGUAAAGGAUUUUGUUCUUGAUCAGAUGAAGAAUAAGCCUAAAAAAGUUGUUCCAGACCCUUAUAAAAUCAAGGAAGACUUCUUAGCUGAAAAGAGAGUAAAUAUACCAUAUCAGUGUGCAUGGAAGGCUAGGAAUCUAGUUUUAGAGUCAUUAUAUGGGAACUAUAAAGAAAGUUACAAUGAAGUACCAGCAUUCUGCAAGAUGUUUACAAAAUGCAAUGAUGGGUCUGUUGCUAAGUUCACUUUUGACACAGUGAAUAACACCUUUGAAAGCAUGACACUCUCAUUUGAACCUGCAAUGAGGGGUUGGCGAAAAGCAUGCAGGGGAGUUAUAGGGCUUGAUGCCUGCCAUCUAACAGGGGAAUAUGGGGGAGUAUUGAUGGCUGCAACUGCACUUGAUGGACAGAAUGGGUUAGUAAUGUUAGGAAUUAUGGUAUGCAGAGCUGAAACAAAGGAAAAUUGGAUCAUUUUUUUGAAGCAUUUGAAGGAUGCAAUAUUAGCACAUCCAGUGAAAGUGGCUUUCAUUUCAGAUAGGCAAAAAGGUUUAUUGGAAGCUGUUGGUAUAGUGUUUCCUGGCCAUCACCACAGAUACUGUUGGAGGUAA